UACAUUUUUCCUCAAUACUUCCUUUACUCUUCAUUCUUCAACACAAAAACAAUAAAAAAAAAAGAAAAAAAAAAAAAAAAUCAAUUUAUUUUUUUCAAGAAAUGGGCAAUUGCCAAGCCAUUGAUGGUGCAAGUUUAGUAAUCCAACACCCAAAUGGUAAAGUGGAUAGAAUGUUUGGUCCAAUUGCUGCAAAUGAGGUUAUGAAGUUGAAUCCUGGCCAUUAUGUGGCCCUUCUCCUUACCACCACUCUCUACUCGUCGGCCGCCGGAGCAGCUGCCGGAGCCACCGCCACCACGAAGAAUAACGCGAACGGUGUGAAUAAUGACAAGAAUGCCCCUCUUAGGGUAACCAGAAUCAAGCUUCUAAGGCCAACUGACACUCUUGCCCUUGGCCAUGUCUAUAGGCUUGUGACAUCCCAAGAUGUGAUGAAAGGGCUGAUGGCUAAAAAGCAAAAGAUGAAUGAAAAGAUGGCAACAGAGAAAAUAAAUUCAGAGUUAGAGGCAGUAAAUAGGAAAAACCAUGAUUUGGAGAAGAAAAAGCAGGUGAAACAUGAAAGGCACAGGUCAAGAAGUAACACACCAGUAAUAAAAUCAACAGCUAUGAUCAAAUCCAGGGCCUGGCAGCCAUCAUUAAGGAGCAUAUCAGAAUCUGGAAGCUGAAGAUAAUUAAAUUUUUAUUUAUAUAUAUUUUUUUGUUUUCCUUUUUGUUUUGAUUGAAAUCUGGAAUAUACUUUAGAAAAAAAAAAAGAAUGAAGGGGAAAGUUCAUCCUGAAUAUGGAUGUGUUCAAGAUAAAAGUAGAUCCAGUGAUUGGGAUCUUGUUCACAUGCAGAUAUAAUUAUGUAAACUAGAGAUAAUUUUUAAUCUGCUAGUGGUGUUGAAAUAAUGGAAAUCUUUUGGUUUAUUGUUGUCCA